AUGGGGCGGCAGUGGGGGCCCGCCAUGAGGGCAGCAGAGCAGGCGGGCUGUGUAGUGAGCGCCUCCCGGGCAGGGCAGCCCGAGGCAGGCUCGUGGAGCUGCAGCGGGGUGAUCCUAAACCGUCGCCCGGGCCUGGUGCUGUGCCAUGGGGGCAUCUUCACCCCCUUCCUGCGGGCCGGCAGCGGGGCGCUGACCGCGGCGAGCGCCGCCUUCCUGCCCGGCGACAGUUGCGGCGACGAUCUGCGCCUGCACGUGCAGUGGGGCCCAACCGUCGCAAGUUCGGCAGGCCGCGCGGAGCGGGGUCGCCCGGGGUUGUGCACGCCCCAGUGCGCCGGCCUGGAGACCGGCCCGCCCGCCCGGCCCCGCGCACGGCCACUGCAACCCCCGCGCCCCGCCGAGCUUCUGCUGCUGUUGAGCUGCCCGGCCUUCCGGGGCCACUUCUCGCACCUCUUCGGCGGCGAGGAGGCCGAGCAGUGGCGCUUCGCAAACGCCGCACCGGGUGACGAGGUGUCGGAGGAGGAGGAAGAGGACCAGCUGAGAGCACUGGGGUGGUUCGCGCUGCUUCGCGUGAGGCCGGAGCCGGAGAAGGAGGUGGAAGAGCGAGGGCCGGUACUGGCCGUGGCUCCUCUCGGGGACGUGCCCAAGGGCGCACCGCUCCUGGCUUGCGGCUCCCCGUUCGGGGCCUUCUGCCCGGACAUCUUUCUCAAUACGCUCAGCCGCGGCGUGCUCAGCAACUCGGCCGGCCCGCUGCUGCUCACUGAUGCCCGCUGCCUGCCCGGCACGGAGGGCGGAGGCGUGUUCGCAUCGCGGCCCUCGGGGACGUUGGUGGCGCUGGUGGCUGCACCCCUCUGCUGGAAGGCCCGCGAGUGGGUGGGCCUCACGCUGCUCUGCGCCGCCGCCCCACUGCUCAGCGUCGCCCGAGACGCCCUCUGCCGCCUUCACCCCGACACUGCCGCCCUGGCCACCCUCCUACCGCCUGAGAUGGGCGCCCCGUGGGGCCUGCCCCUCCGAUACCGAGACCCCGGGCCCCCUUGGGCAGCUGCGGCCGUGCUGGUGGAGUGUGGUUCUGUCUGGGGCUCCGGAGUGGUGGUGGCACCCGGUCUCGUGGUGACCUGCCGGCAUGUGGCCCCCCGGGAGACGGCCAGGGUCCUGGUGCGCUCUGCCACCCCCAAGAGUGCCUUAAUCUGGGGACAUGUGGUGUUUGCCACCCAGGAGACGUCUCCCUAUGACAUAGCAGUUGUGAGCCUGGAGGAGGACCUAGAUGGUGUCCCUAUACCUGUGCCUGCUGAGCAUUUCCAUGAAGGCGAGGCGGUCAGUGUAGUGGGCUUCGGUGUCUUCGGCCAGGCUUGUGGGCCCUCGGUGACCUCGGGCAUCCUGUCGGCUGUGGUGCAGGUGGAUGACACACCGGUGAUGCUGCAGACCACGUGUGCCGUGCAUGGUGGCUCCAGCGGGGGACCUCUCUUCUCUGCCUGCUCCGGGGACCUCCUGGGCAUCGUCGCCAGCAACACCCGGGACAAUAACACGGGGGCCACGUACCCCCACCUGAACUUCAGCGUCCCCAUCACGGUGCUCCAGCCGGCCCUGCAGCAGUACAGCCAGACGGGCGACCUGGGCGGCCUCCGCCAGCUGGACCGCGCCUCCGUGCCAGUGAGGGUGGUGUGGCGGCUGCAGCGGCCCCCAGCGGAGGCCCUGCGGAGCAAGCUCUGA